AGCUAUGCCAUUUUUGGGUCAGGACUGGAGAUCUCCUGGAUGGAGUUGGAUUAAAACAGAAGAUGGCUGGAAAAGAUGUGAAUCCUGUAGUCAGGAACUUGAAAGAGAGAAUGAGUAUAACAUCAAUCACAACAUUAUCUUAAAUAGUGAAGAUGAAGAAAUAUUCAGUAAUGAAGAGUGUGAAUAUACAUCAAAAAAAAGGAAAAAGGACCAUUUUAGAAAUGACACAAAUACUCAAUGUUUUUAUCGUGAAAAAUGGAUCUAUGUCCAUAAAGAAAGCACAAGAGAAAGGCAUGGCUAUUGUACUUUGGGAGAAGCUUUUAAUCGCUUAGACUUCUCAAGUGCAAUUCAAGAUAUCCGAAGGUUCAAUUAUGUGGUCAAACUAUUGCAGCUAAUUGCAAAAUCCCAAUUAACUUCAUUGAGUGGUGUGGCACAAAAGAAUUACUUUAAUAUUUUGGAUAAAAUCGUUCAAAAAGUUCUCAGUGACCAUCAAAAUCCUCGCCUAAUAAAAGACCUUCUACAGGACCUAAGCUCUACACUUUGUAUUCUUAUUAGAGGAGUUGGGAAGUCUGUAUUGGUGGGAAAUAUCAAUAUUUGGAUUUGCCGAUUAGAAACUAUCCUCACCUGGCAGCAACAGCUGCAAAAUCUUCAGAUGACAAAGCAAGUGAACAAUGGCCUUACACUUAGUGAUCUUCCUUUACACAUGCUGAACAAUAUAUUAUACAGAUUCUCAGAUGGAUGGGACAUCAUAACUUUAGGUCAAGUGACUCCAACAUUGUAUAUGCUCAGUGAAGAUAGACAGUUGUGGAAGAAACUUUGUCAGUACCAUUUUGCUGAAAAGCAGUUUUGUAGACAUUUGAUCCUUUCAGAAAAAGGUCAUAUCGAAUGGAAGCUGAUGUAUUUUGCACUUCAGAAAUAUUAUCCAACGAAAGAACAAUAUGGAGACACAUUACAUUUUUGUCGGCACUGCAGCAUUCUCUUUUGGAAGGACUACCAUCUUGCUUUAUUAUUCAAGGACUCAGGACACCCCUGCACCGCAACGGACCCAGACAGCUGCUUCAUGCCAGUCUCUCCUCAGCACUUCAUUGAUCUCUUCAAAUUUUAA